GGGGAUUCAUUCGAGAUCCACCGAUAAAGCAAUCUCGAGGAAGUAAACAAGAAGGUGCGAAGCGAAGCGUUCUACUGGAGAAAGAAUCUCAUCGUUAUCUUCAUAAUAAUCCCCCCCCCCCCGUUACGGGAGGAACAAGAGCGGCACCUCUGGGAACAAUCUUUGUCCCUUCCCCUUGAGCCGGGAGACAAAGCGAAUCGCAAAUUAAAUAGAGGGCAGCGGGCGUUCGCGGAGGUCACAUCUCGCCGUUUGAAAACAACGAGGUCAACUCCCUUCCGAGAAGGAGAGAGUCAACUUUGGAGCAGCGGGAUUAACCCCCUCCUACCUAUUUGGCGAAUAACUCCGAGAAGAGCGCGGAGGCAAAUUAACCCUCUUUGCGCUCUCUCCCUCUGUACGAGAUAAGGAAUAACAAAGGCUCCGUCUUCGUCGCGCGGACUCCCCGAGGAUCGAGGGAGGGGGGAGGGUCGCGGCGGACGUGCGCCAGAGUGCCGUCCGCGAGAGGGGGUUAGGUUAGGUCGCGCGAAGACCGGACCGCCAGUCCGCCGCGUGAAGGGGCGCCGCGCGGAGGAAGUUUCGGCGGGUGGUCCCGCGCCGACUUAACCCUACUUUUCGCGUACCGCCGAGAGGACUAUUGGCGAGGGCCCCGAGUCCCGGUGCCGAGGAACCGGCGGCGGAAGUGCGCGUUCCCCUCGGCCGCGUCGCGCCGGGACCCGAGACUACGGGCGAACUCGACGGCGCGUGACGCUCGCUCGUGUCGCGGACCACCGUGGAAACGAUGACGGCGAUGCUAGUGUCCGUGGCCGAGCUGUCCAACAUUUUCUCCGUCCUUGCCGUCUUGAUAUGCUUCUGCGGCGUCGUCCUCUUCGUCAUGAGGAACAUGAUGGUCCUCCGUGUUCACGGGGACGACCUGAUGUUCGGCGGAGGCGGAGGAGUAAUCCCGCACUCGUCGAGGAUCCCGCAGAUGAAGAUGAUGAAAGUCCACAUACCGUUCACCUUCAAGCUACACGAGAGCUUCAAGAGCACCUACGCCGAAGUCGAAUGCGAGGUGUCCAGCCAAGUAGAGUACUCUCUCCAGGCGAUCUGGGGCGUCAGUAUAAGGGAGCUCCAUUUAGCCCUCUGGAAGUCCUGGAGUACCUUAAGAGACGCGUCCUUGAAAGGGACUUUGCUCCAAGGUCACGCUCAGUACGUCACGGCUCCUCAAGCUAGCCAACCCCACGGGGAGAAGACUCUGAGACUCUCUCUUCCAGCACCGGAACUCGAGCUGGGAACUCCGCCUCGCUUGUGUUAUCCCCUAGUGAUUUUUCUGACACGCAGAGAUAACGGGGAUCCACAUCCGGACGAAACCGUAGCCCUGGUGAACGUAGUGCACAUCAAGGACAGCGUCUGCACCUUGCCCACGUCCAUCCUCGCCCAGUAUCUGAAGCAAGCCAACGGACAGUUGUCCUGCCUGAAACAACUGUACCUGGCGACCGGCAACUCGACGAAUUACGACGAGCAGCACGUCUCCUCGGGGAUCGGUCCCGCCCUGGCUCUGGCGGAACCGUGCAACGACAGCGGAUCCAACGGGGGUGCCACCAGAGGUGCCUUGGUGGCCUCGGGGGCGGGCGACGCCGAGGGCUCCCUCUGGAAUAGCACGGGCGAGCAACUCUGCGUGGUCUGCCAGUACUUCCCUCUGUCCCGGGCGCUGCUCCCCUGCCGGCACACCUGCAUCUGCGCCUCCUGCUUUGGCAAGCUCGACAGGUGUCCCAUGUGCCGGAGUCCGAUUAAGAGCUACUUCUGCAUCCGGGGCGAGGAGUACAUGCCGCCCGAGAAGGAGGUCAACUCCUGCAAACGAAGACGCGCCGUCCACGGGCCCUCCCACUGGCUUCACGAUUGGAACGACAGGCUCACCGAUUUCCUCGGGUUCGCCCGAUAAAAAACGGGUUCGGUAAUCGGUGGUGGCCCAGGACGGGAGUCCUAGGACGCGCACCCCGCGAGAUACCGAGUAAUCGCGUCGACGCGUGCCCCCACGUGUACGUCUCCUGGUACUUCGUUGUUUCGUUUUAGACUCGACACCCUCCCACGGACGGGAGAGCGGAGCGGGAUCCUCGGCGAUCGGGCAGGCGGCGACGUCUUGGCGAUGGGUCCUCCGGUCGAUCGAGGGACCUCGGGCUCUGGUGAACGGCCGGGACGGAGGAAAGGAGGCGCCGCACUUGACGGAAUUUGUUGUACCUGUCGAUUAGAGAUAGAGCUUGACGACUGGAGGCAACGACCUAGUAUUGUACCUUGCAAUGAUGCCGGUGAAAAGUACCGACGAAGGAUGUGGCCGUAGCGUUAAACCGGGUCAAUGUCUCGGACCGUUGAUGUCGGUAGGACGCGAUGCGUCGGGAUAGGCGAAGGAUGGAUGUCAGCGGUAUCGCAAUACCUUGAUCGUGAUGCUUCGGUGAUGGGUAUGAUUAAUUCUCCUCGAGCGCAGACGGACGGUUGGCCCUUGGUUCUCGGUAUCGCUAGGAGACACGGUGUACCUUGGUAGACGCAGAAUCUUUAAAGGAUUUUAAUGACGUCCGAUGGACUCGUACGCCUAACUCGCGAGUUCGAUCGGGGCCUUUGGAGAGUAGAAGGAUUACGUGACGGAUAGUUGAAACUUCCACGACUUGGGGAUUUUUUUUUUCUUAUUACCAUUCAAGGACAGAUCACGAGUUCAGAUACGUUCAGGAAGAGCAGAGUCAGAUUCGCUUUCAAGAAAAUCCUGAAUUACACGUUUUAUGUAUUAACGGAGCUUGGAAAUUAUUUAUGCCUUGGGCUGUAACGUUUUGUAGGAUUCGAGGGUUUCUAUUACGCGAAUCUGGCAGUCCUGAGAUCAUCAUAUCUUCCUUGCAGUUAUGUUUCAGACACGCUGCUGACACUUCGUGCGCUCCCUCCAGGGGCACGGUCAGCGCUCUUAGAGAUCUCGCCCAACGAAAGCUUAACGUGACGAUUAACGUGACACGCUACAUGUACGAGACGUCGAGCUGACACGUGGAUCACGUGUGUCGGUGUUCUCUAUAGUGUCUGGAAAUUCCCGUGCAAUCGACGAAACGAGCCGGACACUGUCAACGACCCUUUUCAGGCGGUUCAAUCACCGCGGAGGGGUGAAGAUCGAGUUGGCAAAUCCUGCCUGGCUCGUCAAGUGUCUCGAUUAGACGACCGACUGCCCAGUUAACUCCGAGUGCAUGCUACGUGUCCUUGUCAGUGUUUUACUGUGUAAAGUGUUCGGAAAGGGGCCGCGUGACCCUCGCGCACCGCACUCAUUUUGAGUUAGUACUAUAAUUGCGACGAUACAUCCGUUCGGGACGGAAGCUUUAAGGACCUCGUCUCUCGAUGUUUCUCCUUUACGUGUAUAAGUUGAUGCGUCCGUUGAACGUUAAGUCUUAAGCAUCCCUCGACGGAUAGAUCUAAGUGCAUACGGAAUCUCUGCAUCGCCACUUUUCGGACACUCAUUAUCUCCGGAUUGAAUUCACCGUCGAGGUACUCCGUACCGAGUGAAAAUUGUUCAGCUGCGUAAUCCGCGGCACUCGAGAUCAAUGUGCAAUAUUUCAUUGUGACCAUCCAUGAGCACCGAUGAAAGGGGAAAAACAUCCGGGACAUGUUUUUUCUAGAAAAGCGAACUUUAAUAUCCCUGAGAGGGAAUGUUGCCUUUAUCUCAGAGACGCAGUCCUGACCUUUUCACUCAGCUCGGAAGAACGGGCAAUCGUUCGUUAUGAUUGAUAGAAGUAUUAGAAAUCUAAAUUUAACGGUCCUAUAUUUUUAAUAUGUUUUAGAAGUAUUUGCGGUAUUUAAUGCAUCCAUACGAAGCACAAGAUGCAGAGCAGAGACGAUGUCCAAAGCGUUUAUUGUCCUUUUAACGGAACACGACCGUCAAUCUUUGAUGGAUUAAAGUAGAUUGUGGAAACUGGCAGACGUGUUGUUGCAUAUUAUAAAGAAAAAAGAAAAGAUUAUGGCAGUUGUCAAUUAGGGUACUGAGAGAAGCCGCAAGUAAGCCACUUCGAGCUGCAAUUUUUAUGUUCUUUAGAGCUUAUUAUUCUCUCGCGCACGAUUGCGUCCACAUACUAACAAUAUAAAGCAUAUUUACUCAAUUGCCAAUCAAUCGGGCGAACCAAUUAUUACUUAUUUAUUUUUGUAGUUUUCGCGUCAGUUUUUUUUUCCCUCCAUUAUUUUGGAAAUCGAUCAUCGUUUCUUGGCCAGUUUCUAUUAGUUUAUCUCCAUAAUGGUUGAUCUUGACUUGAACUCGAACUUAAGGAAAUAGAGGAAAACGAUUGCUCGUUCGGCGCUGUAUACUAUUUCUAAAUAAUUCGUGUAAGUUUCUGAGAUAAUUCGUACUUUUUAGACCGUAAAUUAGCUGGAGUGAGCAUUGCUUCUUCGAGCCCCCCCCCCCCCCAGUUCUUUAAUAUCAUUUUAUGUCUAUUAAAUUUAUUCAAAAUUAAAAGUAAUACACUUUUUCUGGUUCAGUUGCCUCGCACACAAUAUUUAAAAAUCUGAAAUCUCAAAAAAGCGAGCCUUAAGAAACGCCAAUGGAAAUUCUAUUUGCCUGUGACUAAUUUUUAUGAAACGAGAUAACAUUGCGAGAGGAAUACGCGGAUGAACAACUUCCUUCAAGAGAUCAUAUAUUGCAUUUACUGAAAUAAUUAAUCCUUUGCACUCGAGAGGUGACUCUCAGUCACCAUUUCGUUUGAUACGGAAACCCGAUCGGUAACAAGGUAUAUAUAUGUUUGUACAAUUUGACAAAGGGUAGAACGAUACCCCUCGCCAUUUAACUGGGGCGAUCCUAACAAAUAAGGAGUUGCCAUGCCCAAAAAAAAAAAAUCCACUCGUGAUCGAGCUUCUACUUUGAUCUCUAGUUUCGACAAAAUUCGAUCGAAUGGGGAAAGCUACAUGUCAUUCUAAGAGGAGUUAAGAAGGAUUGCAAGGUUUGCUCUAAACGAAAUAAGUCCGGCGAAAGACAUCAAACAACAUAUUACUGCAAUAAUAGCCCCGAUAAGCCGAGGAUGCAUCUUGGCGAGUGUUUUAUAACAUACCAUACAAAGCAACAAUACAGUUCUUAAUAUUUAACAAAUUUUCUUCUUUCACGCGUAGGGAUACAUAAUAAUUUAAAAUAUAAUAGUUCAAUAUGUUGAUUUCUAUGUGAAAUCAUUUUAAGUUAGCUGGAUGAAAUUCACCAAAUAUGCGGAAAAUCGUCUCGAGUUGCUGGUUCGUCCGGGCGAAAGAGGCCUCGAGUGCAAAGAAUUAAGGAUCUGGGAAAACCGAUAUAUUCGAUAAUUAUCAAUGAUUACUUUAAUCACGACCAAAAGUGUUAACGACUCGAUUCAGCUCUAGUACUCGUAUUCACAGCUAUGCGAUUUGGAAUCACUCAUCACUUUGGAAAAGGAAAUAUUUAUGUAUGUUUCAAGAUAUCUGACAUUUUAUGAAAGAGUUUCGCGAAAUCAUUAACAAUUGCAAAUUGCGAGAACGGCGAGAUAAAUGUCCAACGGUUAAGUUGUACCUCGCAAAUAAGAGAAGGAAAACAAAUUUAGCUGAUCUUCCUUAGACAAAUCUUGCUCCAGCUCGUAGAUAGAAAUAAAAAUGUUUAUAACGGUAUGAGUAAACGGAAAGAAAAUAGCAAAAAAGUAUUCGAAGCCUGUCCAGUGAUGACGUUUGAAAUCGUUCGCGAUAAGUGACUGUUAUAAGUUUAGGAGCAGAAAUAACAACAGCGACGUAGUUUACGCGACGGGAGGUACUGCCUUUUAUUUUGUACAUCUACUUUUUAACGAUUGCUUUCAUGAAUUUUAAUAACCAUCGUAGGUAACAUCUCGCAGCAUGCACUAGGAUUGAAAUUCUUCACCGAAAGAGAAUCUGUCGAGCUUGCGAUAAAGCUACGAAACGAAUGUUGUCAAUGCGUUCUAGAUUGACUUUACCUUAUCGUGCGAAAUACGGAAGGACAAGGGAAAGGAAUCGAUGCUAAUUUAAAUUAUAACUGAGUAGGAUUUAAGUUAUAAAUACACAGUCUGUGAUAAUCCUGAUAAUACCUAUGUAAUUGUGGAUUGCACUCCUGUGCGAGGCGUCGAAGGAAGAAGGAAAGCAAUCGAAACGUUUUCAAUCAGUUUUCACCUUGAAAAAGUUAAAUACUGAUAUCCUAUCAGCCCCCACUAGCGGUUUCUUGAAAACCUCAUGAUUAUUUGUCCAUACCUUUGAGGAUAUGUAACGAGUCACAUGAGACAGAUGAUUUGUACGUACGUUUUAAGUAACAACUAGGCCUAUAAAGUCAAUUUAGCGUUUUGGUAGGACAGCCUUGAUUAUUCGGUUAAUUUAUAUAAUGAUUAUGAUAUUCCAGUGAUGACAGGUAAUGUUCUACCUAUAAGUGAGACUAUGUACAUAAUUUAUUUAAUAAAUAGUAUUAUUUGAACCUA